CACUCAAUAGAUCCAGUGUAUUUGCCUCAAGACCUGGUAUUUGUCCAAUGGAGAAUAUGGAAACAUCUGAUUAUUCUUGCACGUUCGAUACUGAAUGUCCAGGGCUUAAAAAAUGCUGCAACUCAUCCAAAGGAGCAGGCUGUGUGGAUCCAAUGCCAGAGGGAAGAACAUUCUGGUACAAUGUGACAGUGCUUGUGAAAAUGGAUUUUAAUGAAUUAAUCAGAGUGGAUUCCCACCUUCUGAAUCAUUCACGCCUUUUGCACUCCAUGAUUACUGGUGCAUUACAGCCCUUGGAUGCCUCUGUGCACCAUAUCCAGAGUAACCGUGCAGAAGUAUACGCUGGGACAGUGGCCUCCCAGGUUCUCAUUGGACUGCAUCAGCCAGCUCCGCUAGCGGAGGUUUCUUCUUCCUUGAAGGACAUUGUGAAGCGUGUGUAUGAAGUGAUUGACACGGAAGUGCAAGAUGUCAAUGAAUGUUCCCAUGUCGAAUUCAACGCUUGUCCUGAGAAAAACACCUGUGUAAAUCUGGAGGGUUAUUACAGCUGCGACCCUCUGCAUGAACAUGCCGAUGUCAACCCUCACCAGCUGAGCCCGAGGAAGGAAGGCAUGGCAGCAUCUACUCCAAGUUCAGCGUUGGAUCUCAUUAACACUAGCAAUAGCUCUCUGUCUAUAAGUAAUUCAAAUCUCUUGUCCAUGACUAGCCAGGCAACAGAUGCUGGGUGCUAUGCCUCUGUAGUUAGAAACCACCGAAUCUCCAGCGUUACCAGCAACAGUUUUGAAAUGUCCUGGCAUGUCACUUCUACUCUGAACCAUACUUUCCAAGUCCAAGUGUUCAAGGGCAAAGAGAUUAUACAAAACUUGAAGACAGAGGAAAUGAAAAUAGAAGUGUCUGGACUAGAAGCAGGUGUGAUGUAUUCAGUGGAGAUCAGCUAUGAAACCUGUGGAAAAACCAGCAUCUCCCAUCAAAAUGUUAAAACAGAGGCCAAGAUAUUUGGUGUUACUAUGAGGAUUCUCAACUACAACUUCACUGAUGAUUUCCAUAAUGCCAGCAGCUCAGCAUAUGAAGAAUUUUCAAGACUAUUGCUUACAGAGCUUGAAAAUUCAUUUCCAACCAACAUUUCUGCUUUAUACAAAUCUGGGAAGCUGAAAGUGCAGACCGAAUCCCUGCAGGCCGGAAGCAUCAUUGUGAGGCUCAGAAUCACUGUGCAGGACCCCGAGUUCCCAGUCGAUGCCUCCACAUUUGCCCUUGUGCUUUCUUACCUGUACAAUGGCUCUGUGCUUUUGGUGGAUCAGCAAAACACUGUAGUAGAAGACUGGGAUGAAUGUGCUUCUCAGACCGAGAAUGACUGCUCUGUGUUUGCAGAGUGUAUCAAUUUGAUGGGCUCGUACCUGUGCAGAUGCAAGACAACCAUGGAUACCAAUCCAUCCCGACCUGGAAGAAACUGUGAGGGUGAGAUUGUGGACCCUCUCACUGAAACGACAGCUCCUGAAGUAACAAACAGCACAGAGUUUGCUCCUGAAGAAGGAAGCCCUGCAGCCCCUGCUUUCCCUGCCACCACCGAGACGGUGGCUGCUGUAGGCUCCGAGAUGAGCACCACCAUACACCUCCCUGCUGCACUGCCCCCGGGUGACAAGCAAAUGCCGCACGGUCAUUCUCCCACCAGCGCUCCUCCAGCCCCUUGGAGAAAAGGCCUGGCACGACAGAUGGGCUUCGGCAGGGACAACAGCCCCACGGCCACGGGGGUGGCAGCCAGCAAGGAACUGGCCGUAAGCACAGAGCAGCAGGCGGCCAUAAGUCCGUCGCAGCAAAGCUCUGUGGCAGAGGCUUCCCCCGGUGCAUCGCAGCGAGCGGCUGCUCUCACAAAUGCUCCCAUGGGCGCAGCUAGGCAAAAGCAACUCAGUUCGCCAGUGCUAGUGUUUCCAAAUCAAACGGCCUUUGCUACCACUGGAAGUCACACAGCUUUUGGUGUGCCUCAAGCUAACUCUCAAGGUGGUCCUGGUACAGCUCUGCCGGCCACAGGGGAUGCUGGUGUUCCCACCCUCAACGCCACUCUCAGAGCACAUGUAGAGAUGGGACAAGAGAACAGCUCUUGGUCCGCGAAAUAUGCUGGAGCCCUGGGGUCACCAGCUCUGCCAGGCGCCUCUCCAGCUCCCAGCCCAACGCCAGUCCCAGCCAUGGACCGCACUGUCCAGAAACUUAGUGGCACAGUACGGAUAACAAAUGUGAAAUACUCUCCGGGCUUUAGCAAUACAAGCAGUGAGGAAUACCAAACCUUUGCACAGCUCUUUGUUGAUGAA